AUGGAGCCCCUAGGGACUGUUUCGGAGGGAGAAUGGAGCUCUCUCAGCGGUGUUUACACCUCUGAGGAGGCUGAUUUCAUGGCCCAAUUGCUUAACGAUUGGCCUCUCCAUGUCGACACCAAGGGCGGCUCCAAGGUCGGUGCACAGCACACACAUUGGCUGACUCAUGAGUCGAGCAUUGAUCUUUCAGGGAUUGAGGGGAGCUCAUUUUGUUCUUCCAAUGUCGCUUCUAGCUUGCAAUUUUUCCCACAAAUGAUUAGCUAUAACUGCGGCGGCUCUAGCAUAGUUUUCCCUCCUUCAGACCAUGAGAACUAUUACUUGAGUAAUCCUAAUGAAAUUUUGGUGAAUAGUACCGAACCGGUGACUCACGGGUCGUUUAGCUUAGGAUUGAGUAAUGAGUUAAACCAAGAAAUGAGUGAUUGCAAUGUGGAAGAUUCAGGAGGAGGAGCUCAGGCAGAUAGUUCUCUCAAAACCAGCGUUCAACCAAAAGGAGAAUCAGAAACUUCGGAGCGAGAAGUGGCUGAAGAAAAGAAAAAUCGCGUCACCAUCGAAAAUGCUAGGAAAAGAUCUCGGACUACCGGCAAUGUUCAAAAGAUGAAGAGGAAUGUUAAGUCAAAGAAGACCACGGAUCUUGAUCUUCCAAGCCAAGAUGAGGAAGACGGUAAUGCUCAAGGCAACAACCAGAGCUCAAGCACUUGCUGCUCGGAGGAGGAAUCCAGCGUUUCUCACGAGCAGAAUGCCGCGGGAGCGACCGAGAGCUCCAAGGAGCCGGCUCUGCUCAACCUUAGCAGCAAAACCCGAGCCAGCCGAGGCUCAGCCACUGAUCCUCAGAGCCUUUAUGCUAGAAAAAGAAGAGAGAGGAUUAGCCAACGUCUGAGGAUUCUGCAGGAACUCAUCCCGAACGGAACCAAGGUUGAUAUCAGCACAAUGCUUGAGGAAGCUGUUGACUAUGUGAAGUUUCUGCAGCUCCAGAUCAAGCUCUUGAGCUCGGAUGAGCUGUGGAUGUAUGCCCCGAUCACUUACAAUGGAAUGGACAUCGGACUCAAUCUGAAGCUCAACAUUCCGAGGUGA